UCUGCUCUUUGUAUAGAAAUACAAAUCUGAAUAAAGACAUCUGCCAGAUACUUCCAACUGGGUUUUAUCCGAUUUCAUUUAAGGAAGAAAAUUGGAGGUGAUAACUUGAACAGGAAAUCGAGUAGGUUUUCAGAUUAGCAACAUAUUUCUGGGUAAAAGAGGGCUUUUAGUCUAUGAGAACAACACACUGAAUUUUUGUUUUUACUGAGAAAAUGCAGAGGAGAAUUAUCCUAUUUCUUUGUGUACUUGAUCUAUGGAAAGCUGCUAUGUUACAGGAUGAAUGUCAGAUUACACAGAUAUUAAAUGGCAAACUGUUGUACGAUAACCGUUUACUCUACAUGGAGGAUAACUUCCCACUAGAUUACAAACUGUAUGUGACAUAUGAAGAUGUGCUACGCUACCAAAACAUCACCAGUCUGAUUAAACAGGGCAUCACUGUGAAGGAACUGCGUUACCUCUGGGGCAUUGUGAAUGAAGGAAUCCUUCUGAAAAUCAAAGCUGUGUUGCGAGAGAAACAUCCUUCAUUCACCUAUGUUUCAGAUCUUCUGACUAUUUUCAAAGCUCUAAUGGAUACACAGAGAGAGAGAGAAAUGGAGACAAACACAACAAUUAUGCAAGACAUUUUGGAAAGACGGAGGAUACCAGAUGCUAUAGGGAAGCCAGUACGUCCAAAGGCUCUUAUGGAUAACUGCUUUAAAGUCCUGUAUGCACUUUAUGAGGAGGAGUGUGGACUUUGUAACCCCAGCUACAUACUGUCCCUUUGAGCUCUCCCUGGCAGCGUAACUACAGCUGGAAAGCAGCAGGACCACAUUUAUUGGAUAUUGUUGCUCUUUUUUUAGUACAUUCCAUCAGUUUAAGGAAACAUGCGCAGCCGUGCUCUCCUGGCAACAAACUCUGCAUGAAAGUGACAAGUGGCCAAGUGAAACAAGCAGCAUCUGUAGAUUAGUCUUUCUGCAGCUCAUUGGUACGGAGUUUGUCAUAACAAAAGAAAAGAGGAAUGUGACAUAAAAAGGAAAGAAGAUCUAUGUGCUGCCUGUGCAGAUAACUUCAAUAACUGAAAGCUGAGACUGAAAUUGAACACAUGAAUAUUAUGGCUUUUGACAAUAUCUUAGUAACCUCUAAAUAAAUCAGAUUAUUUUA